AUGCAGGAGCAGUCUGCCGCUAUGGCAGAUGCAGAAACAUGCGGGAAGGAGUUGCGAUCUGUGCUGCUGUGGGCAACCAUCUCUCCUAGAGCGGCGAAGCGCCUCAUUAGGUGUCUUACAGAUAGGGAGAAAGCGAUUUGCAGCAGCGUUUGCAAGGCAUGGCGGAAGAUCCUGUGGUCACCGCGGCUUCUCCCUAGUGUCUUUGGAGAGAGGGGCUUCCCCACAAGGUUCAGAGGGCAGUUCUAUCGAUAUUGUCUCCUCAACGAGAUGCAACAAGAAAGCCUCUCCGACUACCAGGCAGCGUGCGCUGUCGCGGCGCCCGAGCUGUCCGAGGAGAUCGCUCGCGACUGCCACAGAACGUUUCCCGAGUGGCCUGUCUUCAAGAAAAGACAAGCGCAGAUGUCGCUUCAAAGGAUUCUGAUUGGUUGUGCCUCUCGGGACGGCGGCGUGGGUUACUGUCAAGGCAUGAAUUACUUAGGGGCACUCUUCCUGUACGUCUUGCAAGACGAAUUCGACGCGUAUCGCUGCUUGGUAUCGCUUUUGAAACACCGCGGCCUGCGGUGUCUGUACACCAAGGACCUCAUGCCCAUCAAGGCCCUUGUCUUUGCAUUCGAAAGGAUCAUGGAGGCCUUUCUCCCCCAGUUGCAUGCAAAGCUGGCAGCGCUCUGCAUACCCGGAGAGGCGUAUUUGCUUCAGUGGCUGCUACCAGCGUUUGCUGUCGACUUCCCGCUGCCACUGGCCCUCAGAAUGCUCGAUAUCCUCAUUCUGAAGGGCCGUAAGGCCCUCAUUCAGACUGCGCUCGCACUCCUCCAGGCGAUCCAGGAGCCUCUCCUCUCCAUGGGACCUGAUGAAGCCCUUCACUACAUUCGAGGAGCUGCUGCAGCUGCUCCCUUUGCCGACUUGGCUGAACAAAGGCCUCAGCUUCAAGCACUCCACACUGCAGCUGCUGAUGCUGGGGCAGUGCAGGCCUACUCCGAUAGGAAAACUCAGCAGCAACUAAAGGAGGCGCCUCGGCACCAGCAGGCAAAGCAGCAGCAACUGCAAAAGCUGUGGCAUCCUAAGAAGCCUCCACCUGGCUUCAGCACCUUCCGCGAAAUCGAAAUGCAGCCGCAGCAACAGCGGCUCCAGAGUGCUGCGAAGGCAGAAGCAGCUGUACCCAGGUGCGGCAGCAGCCUUACUCCAGGGGAGGCCUGGCUGCUGCACCACAUGCACCGUUUCCGCGUGAGCAACAAGAUGAUUGAGGCUCUAGAAAAAGCCUUCGCGAAAAACAGGAACUGCAGACUGUGCAUCCAAUCGAGUGAGUUGACAGGUGCUGCAGCCACUCUUCCCCCUGCAGCUCACCAGGAGACCGGCGUCGUCUCUGCCACAAUUCCAAAAUGCGCAGCCACUGGAGGGCAAAUCCAUAGCUGA